AUGUCAUUCUUUCAAGCUCUUCGUCAGAAGGCGUCACAGAUAUCGUUCUUGGAUAUACUUUCGGAUAACCUCACAUCGCCCUUAAGCAGAGAUGAACGGUUUCGCUUGGAAUAUCGGUUGCCAGACGAUGAGCAGAUACUAAAGGAUAUGAAUGUGGACAUUUCUGUGCGUGGGGCGUACACGGCAGAAGGGGAGCCCUCAUAUGUGUACUCGGGACGUUUGUAUCUCACAGCGCACUAUUUGGUGUUCCGGGAUUCGCUAGACCACAACACCUGCGCGUUCACGAUGAACCUAUCGACAAUCAAGCGUGUGGAGCGCGCAGCGAGCACGUCUUUUGCGUUCUGUCUUAAUAUCCAGCUAUACUCGGGGGCGACCUUCAUGGUUCAAUUUGUAGGGCCACGGUACGCUUCCGAGGAGUUUUCGCACUUGUUGAAGGUCCAAUUACGCCAGAAUAUCAAGAAUACCAAGCUUCUUGGACCAUUUCUAGAGACCUGCUACUCGGAGUAUAUUAUUUCCAAGAACCUGCAGCAUAAGCCAGAUCUGCAGCCCCCAGCAGGUGGACUAGGACAACUAUUCAAGUACCCUGGCGAUCCCAUAGCACACAAAGAGAAGGCGAAACUACGGUUGUGGUUUGACUACUUCAAGAAGAAUGGCACCAAUCUAAGUCUCCUAAGAAACCACAUGUUUCACAGGUUGAUUAGGGUCGGUGUUCCCAAUAGGCUAAGGGGCGAGAUUUGGGAAUUGUGUUCUGGCUCAAUGUAUCUUCGGUUUUCAUCGCAGGGAGAAUACCAACGUAUUGGUAAAGAAAAUAAGGAGAAGCAUUCGCAGGCGAUCGAUGAAAUUGAGAAGGAUUUGAGCAGGUCGCUACCCGAGUAUGCAGCGUACCAGGGCCCCGAGGGCAUAGAGCGGCUUCGGAAUGUGCUCGUAACAUAUUCAUGGAAGGAUCCAGAUGUAGGAUACUGCCAGGCCAUGAACAUUGUUGUUGCCGCGUUGCUAAUUUUUAUGACUGAGGAGCAGGCUUUCUGGUGUUUGGGCAAGCUAUGUGAUUCCUAUCUCCCAGGUUACUACUCGAAAACGAUGUACGGAGCAUUGCUAGACCAGAAAGUGUUCGAAUCAUUUGUAGAAAAUAAACUACCCGAGCUAUGGGACCACAUUGUGAGGAAUGAUAUACAACUAUCGACGGUGUCCCUACCCUGGUUCCUUUCCCUUUUCUUUACAUCAAUGCCACUAAUCUUUGCAUUCAGGGUAUUGGAUUUGUUCUUCCUGAAUGGACCCAAGGCGCUCUUCCAAGUGGCACUAGCUGUUUUGAAGGUUAAUUUGGAAGAUCUCUUGGAAGUUGACGAGGAUGGCAUGUUUAUUGCAAUUUUAAAGAACUAUUUCCAGACCUUGGAACACAGUGCAUAUCCGGAUGCAACAGAUCCCAAAUACCAACGCGUGACGAAAUUCCAAGAAUUGCUAGUUGUGGCUUUUAAGCGCUUUGAUGUCAUCACCGCUGAAAUGGUGGAUAUAGAGAGGAACAAGCACAAAAAGGUUAUUCUCCAGAAUAUAGAAACAUUUGCAAAGCGGACACAAAUGAGAACCAUUCCUCCCGUGAGGCAUUUGAAGUCGGAACAUAUAUCCAAUAUCUACGACAUCUAUUAUGAGAGCAUUGAGUCCUAUAAGAUCGGAUUGGGCACAGGCUCCUCCAGAAUGGACUUCCCAGCGUUUGUCCAGUUCCUAGGUAAAUUUUGUGAGUGGUGCAAGAAGAGCGAUUCUGAGGAGAACCUCAGCUACCAGAAACAGAAGGAAUCCUUCCUACGCAGGCUUUUCAAUAAUUGGGAUAUCACCUCUAGUGGUGAGCUAUCCCUUGGCGAUGUCAUUUCAGGGGUCGAUAAGUUGGUAAGCAACGACCUAAUGGAAACAAUGAAUAACUUUUUCAGUUUGUAUGAAGAUUCCAAGAAAGGGGAGGUUCAAAGGGAGGAGAUUUUGCAAAUGUCGGAAGGUCUACUGUUCCUCACAGAACCAUGGAAAACUGGAAGGUGUGCCGAUAAGAUCACGCAGAAGGCCAUCGAAAAUGACAUUGCAGAAAACCUUGUGCAGCAGAGCGAGCUAUCGAACCUUGAAGAUAUAGAAAUACCUCGUGGCGUUGAGAUUGACGAUCAGAAGUAUAAGCAACAACAGCUUGAACGGUAUCUGCAGGCUGCAAGUAACUUUUUGAACCGCUGCUUCGAGUACGCGCGGCCUGUGGAGCCUUCGUCAGCGCCACGCGACGCAGCCCCAGCCUCACCUACCGAGAUGACCCGCGGAGACCCCGACACGGUGGCUAACAAAGAGCUCGACCCAAUGCGAGCCAAUGUCGCAUUGCAUCCGGAAAAGCCAUGCGUCAUUGAUCUGCCUACUUUCCGCAUGAUAAUCUUGGCCGAUGAAACAUAUGAGCUCUUUUUUGCGCAUACGCUCAGGAAUUCCGUCCGCGUAGACAGCCCAGUAACCUUCUUCGAUGGUAAGGUGAAGGCGCUCAAGAACGUGUUUGACGGAUUGAUCGCAGACGGUCGCCGUGUGGCCCACGAAGUUCGUCGCCGUGUCGACUCAGUGGCCACCAGGGGCAAUAGUUCCGAACCACUAGAUGAGCGCCAGGACGAUCUAGACGACUUCACCACUGAGCAUCCAGAUGAACACUCCAAGUUGCUUUCUGGUGAUCUCUUGGACCUUGACAUGGACCAAGACGAAGACAACCGCCCACAAAAGAGACUAGAGAAAGUGAACAUGCCACCCGCAGGUACGAAUGGCGAGCUGCCCAACCUCAUCGAAUUUGAAGCAUAG